GAUCAGCUGCGGGAACAGGAGCUGGCGCUGCAGCGCCAGCGCCACGAGCUGGCGGCCCGCCUGGCGGAGCAGCGGCGCCAAGAGGACCUCGACGCCGAGGGCGGCGCCGCCGCCGCCGCCGCCGCCGCCGCCGCCGCCGCCGCGCAGCGCGCCGCGCGCCUCGAGCAAGAGCGCGCGCUGCUCGGGCAGCGGCUGGCGCGCCAUCAGCAGCACCAGCGCGCGGCGGCGCUCGCGAGGGCUGCGGGCCCGCUGGAGGGCGGGCAGUCGCGCGGGGCGGGGCUGGGCGCAGCCGGGCUGGUAGCAGCGGGGGACCAUGCUGAGGACUUGCUGGACGGCCUGAUGCGCAGCUACGCGGCCCUGCAGCGCCAGGACGCGUGGGCGGCGACCCAACCGCUUUCGCAGCACGCUCAGCAUGUGCAGCACGCGGCCGCGUGGCAGCUCGCGGCGCGCCAGGCGCCGUUCCGCGCGCCCGGGGCCGCCGUCGCGCACGGCGCGAAUUCCGCGGCGGCGGCGGCGGCGGCUGCGGGGGGGCUGCUGGAGGACCAGGUAUUGGACGCGCUGCUGCAAGGGAUGGACGAGCGGCUCAUUACCGACGGCUGCGACGCCGGCGGCGGCGGCGGCGGCGCCCACGCCGCGGCGUCAAAUCACAUGGCAGGCGCGGCCCCGCAGCAGAUGCAGCUGAUGCAGCAGAUGCAGCAGCAGCAGCAGCAGCAGCAGCACAGGGGCUUGAUGGGCGGGCUGGCGAUGCAAGCCGGCACCGCCGCGACGCCGCGCAUCGCGCCGCCGAUGCCAGCGACGUCUUCUAGCGGGUGGCCGCAGUGGGCGGCCCAGCAGCAGCAACAGCAGCAGCAACAGCAGCAGCAACAGCAGCAGCAGCAGCAGCAGCAGCAGCAACAGCAGCAGCAGCAGCAGCAGCAGCAGCGCGGCUUUGCGCGUGACGCAUGGUGUGGGCCACCGCCCGGCGCCGCGCAGCAGCCGUGGGGCGCCGCUUCGCCCGCGGCCGCCGGCGCGACCAUGGCCGCUUGCCACCCGUCGCCGCCGCUUGCCGCGCCUGCCGCCGGAGCCGACGACAGCAGCUGCAGCGCCCAGGCCAGCGGCCGCGCCGCCGCCGCCGCAGCGAACGACGCCGCCUGUGCCGGCGUCGGGGGGGCCGCUGCCGGCGCGCCGCCCGCGGUCGACGGCCGGCGCCCGCGCAGCAGCGGCGGCGACGACGCGACCUUCGAGGGGCCGGGCGGCGGCGACGGCCGCGGGCGUGCGUCGGUGGCGGCGGCGCUGGGGCAGGUGGAGCGGCUGCUGCUUGCGCGCCCAGACCUGUUGCUGAGCGGUUUGAGGCGCGCGGCGCCCGCGGCGGGCGAGAGCGCUUUGUCCCCGGAAGCUGCGGACGCGCACGCAGCCGCAGUCGCGGCUGUGGCGGCGGUUGUCGAGCAACGCAUGGUUGCCGUUGCCUCGGGCCAGCAGCAGCAGCAACAGCAGCAGCAGCACCAGCAGCUGCAGCUGCAGCAGCAACAGCAGCAGCAACAGCAGCAGCAACAGCAGCAGCAACAGCAGCAGCAGCAGCUGCAGCACCAGCAGCUGCAGCACCAGCAGCUGCAGCUGCAGCAGCAGCAGCAGCUACAGCUGCAGCUGGAACUGCAGCGGCAGCAGCUGCACCAGCAGCAGCACGGUGCGGCGCUGCUGCGUCACGCGUCGUUCGCGGCGUCUCACAUGGGGCCGGCGCCGCCCAUGCUGCCGGCUGUUGCAUGGGAUGACAGCGGGGACGCCUGCUCUUCCCUCCACGAGCGCGGCGGCGCCGGCGUGGUGUCGGUGUGGGCCGCGUGA